AUGUCCAGCUUCAUCCUCACCCUCUCCUGCCCCGACCGGCCGGGCAUUGUCCACGCCGUGACCGCCUACCUGGUCGAGAACAACCUCAACAUCAUUGACUCAUCGCAAUUCGGUGACCCCUCCUCCAAGCGCUUCUUCAUGCGCGUCCACUUCGCCGCCGAAACCCCCGAAAAGACCGUCGAGGAUCUGCGCGCCGCUUUCUCCUCCACCGCCGAGUCCUUGUCCAUGGACUUCCAGCUCGUGCCCGCCUCCCAGAAGCCCCGCGUGCUGAUCAUGGUCUCCAAGAUCGGCCACUGCCUCAACGACCUCCUCUUCCGUCAAUCUACCGGCCAGCUGGCCAUUGAGAUCCCUCUCAUCGUCUCCAACCACCCCGACUUCUCCACUCUCGCCGCCACCUACAACAUCCCCUUCGUCCACCUCCCCGUCACCGCCGACACCAAGCCCCAGCAGGAGGCGCAGAUCCUGGAGCUCAUCCGCGCGCAUAACGUUGACUUGGUGGUUCUGGCACGUUACAUGCAGGUCCUCUCGCCGACGCUCUGCGAGGCUAUGUCCGGCCGCAUCAUCAACAUCCAUCACUCUUUCUUGCCCUCGUUCAAGGGCGCCAAGCCUUACCACCAGGCCUACGACCGCGGCGUCAAGAUCAUCGGCGCUACGGCCCACUUCGUCACCAGCGACCUCGACGAGGGCCCUAUAAUCGAGCAGAACGUUGUGCGCGUCAACCACGCCAUGAGCCCCAAGGAGCUGACUCACGCUGGCUCUAACGUCGAGAGCAACGUGCUGGCCACGGCCGUUAAGUAUGUCACUGAGCGCCGUGUGGUGCUGAACGGUCACAAGACGGUUGUGUUCAACUAG